UCCAAGUAGUCGCAAGUGACGUGGCCUGAGAAGUGUAUGUAAAAAGGGAAAUUAUUAUUUUUUAAUAUAGGAAUGUUUUAUAUAACUUUCUUAUUAAUAAUAUGUCUUAAAGUGAAAUGUUGAUAAUAAAAUUAUAUUGGUGAACAGUGCUACUUAACUUAUGCUAUUUUCUUGUGUAAAGAUAAUUCAUUAUGACGACAUAUGAAGAUUUUAUUCAACAAAAUGAAGAUCGCGACGGUGUGCGUUUCACAUGGAAUGUUUGGCCCUCAUCGCGUAUCGAUGCUACUAGACUAGUUGUACCAUUGGGUACCUUGUAUCAACCAAUUAAAGAACGAGCCGAUCUUCCACCGAUUCAAUAUGAUCCAGUUUUAUGUACAAGAUCUACUUGCAGAGCUAUUUUAAAUCCAUUAUGUCAAGUAGAUUAUCGUGCAAAACUAUGGGUCUGCAAUUUCUGCUUUCAGAGAAAUCCUUUUCCACCACAAUAUGCUGCAAUUUCGGAACAGCAUCAGCCAGCAGAACUUAUUCCAAUGUUUUCGACAAUUGAAUAUACAAUAAUGCGAGCCCAAUGUUUACCACCAAUAUUUCUACUUGUUGUGGAUACAUGUCUGGAUGAUGAAGAACUAGGAGCACUUAAAGAUUCAUUACAAAUGUCAUUAUCUUUGCUUCCACCCAACGCUCUUAUUGGUCUUAUCACAUUUGGCAGAAUGGUUCAAGUUCAUGAAUUAGGAUGUGAUGGUUGUAGUAAAAGUUAUGUAUUUCGAGGCACAAAGGAUCUUCAACCCAAACAAGUUCAAGAUAUGUUAGGUAUAGGUAGGCCAAUUCCAGGACAAAAUCUAAAUCAACCAAGAGGAUCUGGCGCACAACCAUUAUCACCUGCUAAUCGCUUUUUGCAGCCAGUACACAAGUGUGAUAUGAGUUUGACGGAUCUUUUAGGAGAGUUGCAACGGGAUCCAUGGCCUGUUGGACCAGGAAAACGUCCAUUGCGAUCUACAGGUGUGGCAUUGGCAGUUGCCACAGGGCUCUUAGAAGCUAGUUAUGCAAAUACUGGUGCUAGGAUUAUGCUCUUUGUUGGUGGACCAUGUUCUCAAGGACCUGGUCAAGUUGUAACUGAUGAUUUACGACAACCAAUUAGAUCACAUCACGAUAUUCAAAAGGAUAAUGCUAAGCAUAUGAAAAAGGCAACUAAACAUUAUGAUGCACUUGCAUCACGCGCUGCAACUAAUGGUCACAUAAUAGAUAUUUAUUCCUGUGCUCUUGAUCAAACUGGUUUAUUAGAAAUGCGACAAUGUUGCAAUUCUACUGGUGGUCAUAUGGUGAUGGGGGAUUCAUUUAAUUCUUCUUUAUUUAAACAAACUUUUCAACGAGUAUUUGCUAAGGAUGCAAAGGGUGACUUGAAAAUGGCAUUUAAUGCCACUUUAGAAGUAAAAACAUCUCGGGAAAUUAAAGUUUCUGGAGCAAUUGGACCUUGCGUAUCAUUGGGGGUGAAAGGAUCUAGCAUUGGAGAACAAGAAGUAGGUUUAGGUGGUACUUGUCAAUGGAAAUUUUGUUCAUUGACACCAUCUACAACAACAGCACUAUUCUUUGAAGUUGUAAAUCAGCAUACAGCCCCAAUUCCGCAAGGUGGAAGAGGCUGUAUUCAAUUUAUUACCCAAUAUCAACAUAGUAAUGGACAAAGGAGAAUUAGAGUUACUACUAUUGCAAGAAAUUGGGCAGAUGCAUCAUCAUCUUUACAUCAUGUAAGCGCUGGAUUUGAUCAAGAAGCAGCAGCUGUUCUUAUGUCACGUUUAGCUGUAUUUAGAGCAGAAAGUGAUGAUAGUCCAGAUGUUUUAAGAUGGGUCGACCGCAUGCUGAUUAGACUUUGUCAAAAAUUCGGAGAAUAUGCAAAAGAUGAUCCAAAUAGCUUUAGAUUGGCAGAAAACUUUUCCUUAUAUCCACAAUUUAUGUAUCAUUUGCGCAGAUCGCAAUUCUUACAAGUAUUCAAUAAUUCGCCAGAUGAAACUAGUUUUUAUAGACAUAUGCUUAUGCGUGAAGAUUUAACAAAUUCUUUAAUUAUGGUCCAACCAAUUUUAUACAGUUAUGGAUUUAAUGGUCCUCCAGAACCAGUAUUAUUAGAUACUUCAUCUAUUCAACCUGAGAGAAUUUUAUUAAUGGAUACAUUUUUUCAAAUACUUAUAUUUCAUGGAGAGACUAUUGCGCAAUGGCGACAAUUGAAAUAUCAAGAUCUGCCAGAAUAUGAAAAUUUCCGACAAUUAUUAGCAGCGCCUGUUGAUGAUGCAGCUGAAAUCUUAGCUGGUAGAUUUCCCGCACCUCGGUAUAUUGAUACAGAGCAAGGUGGUUCUCAAGCUAGAUUUUUAUUGAGUAAGGUCAACCCAAGUCAGACUCACAACAAUAUGUAUGCUUAUGGCGCGGGGAUGCCGAUACCUAACGGGGAGAGCGGCGCGCCUGUUUUGACGGAUGAUGUUAGCUUACAAGUAUUCAUGGAACAUUUGAAGAAAUUAGCUGUAUCAUCUACAGCAUAAAUCAAUAUACAUAUUAUAAAUAUUAUAAGAUUUAUAUAUAUAUAUAUAUAUAUAUAUAUAUAUAUAUAUAUAUUUGUAGUAAACAUUCAUUUAUAUUAUCGAUAAUUUAUAUAUUAAGAAGGAAUAAAUUAAUAAAAAUUAUUAUGGAAAAAUAAA